UAUAAGUACUACAUCUCAACAAUCCGAGAUUUAGAAUACCGUAAACGAUACUAGUAAAGAUGAAGUAUUUAUGUUUUAUUUUUAUAUGUGUUAUAUUAGGAAUAUCCCACGAUCAGUAUGGAGUUCAUGGUGAAGGUCGUCCAGUAACAAGAAGAUUUACAAGAAGCGCUUUUGCUGAAAUGGGCCUACAAUUUGUUGAACUUCUCAAGGAUAAAAUAAUAUCUAACUGCGUUGCAAAUGGCUUUUAUAUUGAAGAUCAAUUGAGGGAAUCAUUUACAAAUUUGGAAGUAUGUUUAAAAAAUGAAAAAUUUUACAUCUCCCCAAAAGAAGAUUUUCUUAGAAAUGUUAAGAAAUGCAGCGUUGAACCAAUAAAAUUAGUAAAAUCCUGUUUAACAAAGGAACAAAGUUAUUUUCCAGAUUUUCUAUACAAUAUGGCCAAAGCUCAAAUUGAAUUAAUAUACAAUAAUCGUGAUGUUAUAUCUAUUUAUGUUCCAGUAUGCAGAAAAAUGUUUGAAAAACCGGAAAUUAGACGAAAUUAUUUAAACUGUUUAACAGAAUCCAAAAAGCAAAACAGUUCUACAGAAAUUCCUCCAUCUGUUGAAAUUUAUUGCGAGAGGUAUUUGCCGAGAACUCAUUGCUUGACAGACAUUUUCUAUAACGAAUGUUCACACAUUCCAAAACUUAAGCAGUACGCAGAUGAAAGAGUUAAAGCUAUCAAUUCUCCUUGCAGUCAAAAAUAUGAAUAGUUUUACAUGUUUUAAAACUUUUUUUAACGGUGCUUUUAAAUUUAAAAUCUCAAGAUUUAUAAAUACUUUUAAUUAUAUACCUACUUUUUUUAUAUACCUACUGAUACUACCUACUGAAGACAGUAAUAAUAAAUUGAUGACAAAAAUUAA